GGAGGCAGCGCAGGGAUCUGUCCUCCAGCCAUCAGUACAUGACUUGUCCUUGUCUAUCAGCAGGGUGGGACUCUAAGCUGCAGCCAUGUGGACCUGUAUACACUGUGCACUCCUCUCUCUCCUCUUCUCCUCUCUGGUGACAGCAAACAGCAAGAUUUUUGGGGAUGUAGACCAUGUAAGGAUGAUUUCAGAAGGCUCGGACUGUCGCUGUAAAUGUAUCAUGAGACCCCUAAGUAAAGAGGCUUGUGCCCGUAUCAAAGAUGGCGAUAUGCGUGUAGAGGACUAUUAUACAGUGGAAACAGUCAGCUCAGGGUCAGAUUGCAAGUGUUCCUGUACUGCUCCACCAUCUUCUCUUAAUCCCUGUGAAAAUGAAUGGAAAAUGGAGAAAAUGAAGAAACAGGCUCCGGAACUAUUCAAGCUGCAGUCUAUGGUGGACCUCCUGGAAGGAACUCUGUACAGCAUGGACCUGAUGAAAGUGCAUUCCUACAUCAAUAAAGUGGUGGCCCAGAUGAACAAUCUGGAGGAGACGAUCAAGACAAACCUAACCAGAGAGAAUGACUUCAUGAAGGAAAGUGUCAUGAACCUUUCAAACCAGAUGAAGAAGUACGACAACUAUUCUGACAUUAUGAUGAGUAUCAAGAAGGAGAUUUCAAACCUGGGAUACCAACUGCUCCAAAAAGAUGCCCCAGAAAAUAAAGUACAGGACACAGCAGGAGCCAAAGUAAAAGAUGUUAAAUUUCCAAACAAGAAAAAUCCCGGAGAAAAGUCUAAGGUCACAAAGGAGAAGCCACAAAAAACCGAGAAAGCAAAGAAAGAGAACACUAAAUCCAAACCCGCUUUGUCCCAGCCUACACCUAAACCUAGAUCUCCUGUACAUCAACAACCAGUGGUCAUACGAGGAGUCACUUACUACAAAGCUACCCGACAUGAAGAGACAGACACCAGCAACAGAGAGAACACAGGAAGGUUGUCUGUACGAGGAGAACGACAAGAUGUCAAAAUGGCAGCAAACAUCUCAGAAUCCCACAUCAUCCAAGAGGAAAGACCUGUAGAAGUUGAGAAACCACCACCAACUACUUCUACUACAACUACCACCACCACAACUCCCACUACUACCACAACAACAACACAAAGCACCACUACUACAACAUUGGCUACAACUACCACCAACCCAGAAUAUUUGGCAACGCUUUCUUUUGUAGCACCUGGCUCAGACACAGAAAACAAUAUUAAAGUCAGAGAAGGAGAGUGUGAAGGUACCAUUGCAUCAGUCGAGGCACCCAAAAAAUAUCACAGUUAUGGUCGCAAUGAAGGAGCUUGGAUGAAAGACCCAGCAGCAAAGGAUGAGAGAAUCUAUGUAACAAAUUAUUACUAUGGAAACAACCUUGUGGAGUUCAGAAAUCUUGAUAAUUUCAAACAAGGUCGCUGGAGUAAUCUGUAUAAGGUCCCUUACAACUGGAUCGGGACAGGGCAUGUGGUGUUUCAAGGAGCCUUCUAUUACAACAGAGCAUUUACUAAAAAUAUCAUCAAGUAUGACUUGAAGCAGCGCUUUGUAGCAGCCUGGACUCUUCUGCAUGAUGUUGUCUAUGAAGAUACCACACCAUGGAAAUGGAGAGGCCACUCAGAUAUUGACUUUGCUGUAGAUGAAAGCGGCCUUUGGGUUAUUUACCCAUCCGUUGACUAUGAUUACUCUCAGCAAGAAGUCAUUGUCAUCAGCAAACUUGACCCCAAUGACUUAUCUGUAAAGAAGGAGACUACAUGGAAGACUGGCCUGAAGCGUAAUUCCUAUGGAAACUGUUUUAUAAUAUGUGGCAUCCUGUAUGCGGUGGAUGUCUACAACCAAAAAGAAGGACAGAUCUCUUAUGCCUACGACACUCACACAGAUACUGAGGCAGAUCCAAAGUUGCCUUUCAUCAAUGAGUAUGCCUUUACUACACAGAUUGACUAUAACCCCAAAGAAAAAGUACUAUACGCCUGGGACAAUGGACACCAGUUGACAUACAAAGUGAACUUUGUCGACUGAUUGAAUUGAUAGCUUGUUAGGACGUAGGUCAGUCCUCCACAAAGAAAGCACUUUUACACAUCAGUUAUAACGUGUUGCUUGGGGAGCAACUAAAGUAUUAUCCUCUGGCUGCUGGGAGGUGGAAACACUCUGGCCAAGACAAGUGUAAUGGCCCAGAAAUGUGGUCUGUGACUAAUCCAUUGUUAAGAAGCUGAACAAAAUUGUAAAAGUGUGAAUGGACAUGAGAUGAAUGGCUCAGCGCAUAAAAGAAAGCCAGUGUCUUUUCACAUCCUAUAUUUUUAAGUGCAACCUCAAUGAAGGAGACUGAACGAACCUAAUACAAAACAGUUGGGAGCAAAAUUUAAAGGACCACCAAAGAAAGUACCACGUGCUUACACUUGACACGUUUGUUUCAUGUUUUUCUAGUAUAAUUAUUCCACAACUACAAACAUAAAAGAAUAUGUAAUACAAUGCAAUAAUAUUUAAUGGGGAAUGGUUAUGUAAAGAAAAAAAAAAAUAGGCAUAUUCCUAUGAAGAGGUGGUUAUGGUCUUGGCCAUUUUUAUGUAAAAUUUAGACUUUUUUUUUUAAACUUAUGAUCAUUUACCAUGACCCAUUUAUCUUCUGUUUUAAAAGGGUGGUCAAGAAUUUACCUUUUCAUACCAUUCUCUUAUUCAUCUAUUGUUAAAAAUCCCCACCCUUCUUGUAUACAGCGCCCAUGGAACUGAAUGCCACUGUAUGUAACCGGUGCAGGGACCACCAUAUCUGUAUCCUUCAAUGUCUUCAUUGAGGUGUACAGCAAAGGAUGACUACAACUGUCUCAGCUUGAAUUGAAGAAGACCUAUCUUGUUGAAUCUUUAGGCUGCACAAUAUACUGGCCCCCUAUUAUGUUGCACAAAAAGGCUCUACCAGCUGCAGCCAUUUCAAAAAUUUACAGCAGAUACAGUAGCUGCCAUACAUGGUUACAUGUGCAGUAAAUUUCUUGAGUAGCUUAAGACACUUUUGCCCCCAUUUGCUUUGCUGGGACACAGCACAAUUCAUGCAGAGGGACAUGGCGAUCUUUGGUAACAUUAUUCCGGUCAAUGUUAAAUCCCUACGGAGCCCCAGCCUUAUUGUGUAUUGUUGGACAAGGAGUGUUUUAUUGACCUUAUUACUCUUAGAUUCUGUACACAAUAGAUUGUCGGAGGGAAUGUGCUCAUCUGGAUGGGUCAGUCUUCUGUAUAUAAAAAAAAAUAUUUUAAAAAACUGACGAAGACCUAUCAGGCUGCAUCUCCAGAUGUCUCUUCUUUCCUUUUAGCUGUACCAGUUGUAGAGACACUAUGCUUAAAGGGGUACUCCGCCUCUAAACAUCUUAUCCCCCUAUCCAAAGGAUAGGGGAUAAGAUGUCUGAUCGCAGGGGUCCCACUGCUGGGGACCCCUGUGAUCUCGGCUGCAGCACCCAAGACAUCCAAUGCACUGAGCGAACUUCGCUCUGUGCCGGAUGACUGGUGAUGCGGGGCAGAGGCUCGUGAUGUCAUGGUCAUGGUCACGCCCCCUCAAUGCAAGUUUAUGGGAGGGGGUGUGAUGUUCAUCACGCCCCCUCCCAUAGACUUGCAUUGAGGGGGCAUGGUCAUGAUGUCACGAGCCUCCGGCGCUGCACCCGACACUCUAAACAAACGCUGGGUGCAGCAGGAAGAUCUCAGGGGUCCCCAGUGGUGGGACCCCUGCAAUUAGACAUCUUAUCCCCUAUCUUUUGGAUGGGGGGGGGGGUGAGAUGUCUAGGGGUGGAGUGACCCUUUAAUCUCUGUAACUUUUAUACAUAUUUUCCACAAAUUAGACAUGUUUGUUAAACAUUUUAAACAUUUUUAAUGGCAAAAUAACCUUUCUAUACAUGGCCUCCUGUAUAGGCAUCCAAUAAAAGACCCCUUAAAUUGACCCCCCCCCCUCCCCCACUUCAAACUUACAACACACCAUCCUCUUGGAUGACCGAUCUGCCUGACAGUUUUAUUCUGUCUCUGAGAUGUAAUUGGCAGAAAGGACUCUUUUCACCUGUGCAUUCUCGCUCGAUAAAUAGGUGUUAACAAGCAAACUCAGCCAAGUCCUGAAGGAAUAACACAUCCAGCGUGCCAGCUUACUGGUGCCAGCUGCAUUUUCCCACAGUUUCUAUGCCUUUAGAAGCAUUUUAUGGUGUUUUUCUAGCUCUUAGAAUCAGAUCAAGAUUGAAUCAGAUCAAGUGUUCAUAAUCCACAUCAAAACCAGUACAUUGGCACGGCUGUGUAUAUGUUUCAUCCAGUUGAAUCUAUUGUGGUAUACAUAGAUAUAAUUAUUUUUUUUUCACAUGCAAAUUUGAACAUCAACUCCACAGUAGGUUACAAUAGAUGGGAUUUUUAUUGUUUCAUUUACCCACAAUGGAACUUUUUAGACUGAUGUUAGUUAACUGGCCUUCAUACUAUACAAUACGAUGGUUGUUUCUGGGAGUCCUUCAUACUAUACAGCCAGACUGUGUUAUGGGGGUUCUUCUUACAAUACAGCCAAAUUGUUAUAGUGCACACUCCAUACUAUACAGCCAGACUGUUGUUAUAGGGGGUACUCCAUACUAUACAGCCAGACUGUUAUAGGGAAUCCUCCAUACUAUACAGCCAGACUGUUAUAGGGAAUCCUCCAUACUAUACAGCCAGACUGUUAUAGGGGGUACUCCAUACUAUACAGCCAGACUGUUGUUAUAGGGGGUACUCCAUACUAUACAGCCAGACUGUUAUAGGGGGUACUCCAUACUAUACAGCCAGACGGUUGUUAUAGGGGGUACUCCAUACUAUACAGCCAGACUUUUGUUAUAGGGGGUACUCCAUACUAUACAGCCAGACUGUUGUUAUAGGGGGUACUCCAUACUAUACAGCCAGACUGUUGUUAUAGGGGGUACUCCAUACUACACAGCCAGACUGUUAUAGGGAAUCCUCCAUACUAUACAGCCAGACUGUUGUUAUAGGGGGUACUCCAUACUAUACAGCCAGACUGUUGUUAUAGGGGGUACUCCAUACUAUACAGCCAGACUGUUGUUAUAGGGGGUACUUCAUACUAUACAGCCAGACUGUUGUUAUAGGGGGUACUCCAUACUAUACAGCCAGACUGUUGUUAUAGGGGGUACUCCAUACUAUACAGCCAGACUGUUGUUAUAGGGGGUACUCCAUACUAUACAGCCAGACUGUUGUUAUACGGGGUACUCCAUACCAUAAAGGCAGACAGAUGGUUGUCACAGUGGUUUUUCCAGACUAAGCCAACACAUUCUAUGUUUCUUUGUUUCUAACCCCAUUAUUGAAUAAAACAGAAUUAGUUCUACAUAGUCUGGGAUGUUUUACUGAAUUCAAAUUGCAUACAUUGUACUUGUAGCACCUCCUCAAUGUUAUGUUAAGUUCAGAAGCCUGUUCAGUGUUCACACGUGUUAAAUGUUACAUUUCUGUGUUCUGUGUUAUAUUGGUUCUCUAGAAAAUUAAUUAUGAAACAAAAAACAAGACAGUUGGUUCCGGCAGUGUAAGGCGAGUGUUAAAUAUUGUGACCCCCAUCUAAGAACAACACCAUCUGUAACCACUUUAGAGUUCUUCAGACACAUCUCAAGAACAGUGAAAGUACAGGAGGAGUAAAGACACGGAUGAUCUGAACAAAAAUAAACUUUCCAAAAUAAACUAGCGGAAAUUGUUCACUAGUAACAUUUGGCUUGUUUGUUAUAUUGUAAUAAAAGAAAUGUAAUUGUGCACAAUGCAGUCAUAAAAUGUUUAGUGCAUCUGAAAUGGGGUUUAGUGUAUGUUCACAUACCGUAAUGGUAGUAGGACAUAACACUCCCCUUCUUUCUCCGUGGUUCUGUUGAACUAGACGUAGAUCAUCAUGCGGUGCUGUAAUGAUCUAGAUUCCAUAUCUAGAUUUCUUAUAUGGAGACUCCAAUGCAGCCAUAUUACAGCCAUUUGAAAUGGUAAGAAGAGCUUUUUUAAACAAUGGAACUGAUUUAGGCCUAAGUUCACACUGUUGUGCUUCGACCCAUUUAGGGUCUGUUUGGCUUUUUUUUUCCUGCACCAAGCUGACACUGCCAGGUCCUGAUGGAUCCCAUUGACGGACUAGCCGACUUCCGAUGGGUUAUCCACUGUAGCUCCCUUUUAGUGAAUGAGCCCUUAUUCUCUUAUGGAUUUCCAAUGUUACAAGUGGAAUAGUCAAGGAAACCUCGAAGGUCAUCCUUCAGUAUCUGAAGCAUUCUCUAAAAUCCACAGCAAUUUAGAAAAACCCCAAGUAUUGAAUUCACUUUUAUCGUAGAUUUUUUUUUUAAAUGUAGAAUCUGCUCUGCAAAACUGUAGUAUGUGAACCCACUCUUAGGUUAGGCUUGGGCUUGAGCUCCAAAAAGUAUAGACAUGUUCAUUUCUGUUUGGAAUAAGUUAUUAAAGUGUGUACUCCGCCGAAAAACAACUUAACCCCUUUCCCCCGCGAUCUCCGGCAUUGGCACCCUAGUCAUCCAUGCAAGGAGCGAACUCCGCUUCAUGGCGGAUGACUGGCUACUACAGCUGCCAUGCCCCCUCCAUUCAUAUCUAUGGAAGAAGGUGUGACUGCUCCAAGCUUCCAUGUUCUGGACACAGCUCCUGCCGGCCCAGAGAUCGCGGCGGUCCCCAGCGGUGGGACCCCCGUGAUCAGACAUCUUACCCCUAUCCUUUUUCGGCAGAGUACCGCUUUAAGAGACUGCAAAAGUCUGGUAUACAGCCCAACACAUACUGAAUAUUUCACGUGACUCCUUAAUGCUAAAUUGCAUUAUGUCCGUAAUAGUGUGUAACUGACCACCCACAGGAUAGAGAAAAAUGUUAAGUGACAAGCUUCAUGUUGGACACCCAACUGGUUAAAAUCAGGUCAUCUGACUGGAGCAGCCCUGCUAUACUGCCAACUUUAAUUAGGGGAAAAUGGUUGCCAGCCCCCACCACCCCCAGAAAACCAGAAAAGUCCAGUUCCUGUUUUGUGUGACUUAUAUGUGUAUAUGUAAAAGAAAUAUAUAUGAUUUUUUUAUAUCAUGCCACGCCAUAUUAAAUAUGUUGAAUAUAUUCUUUAUAUGUUGUAAAUAGAAAAAUACACCUUAUUUUUUAAAAAUGUUCUGUGUAUGUAAAUUAGGAUCCUGCUUUACCAUUUGUAUAUAACAUGUGCAUUCAUUGGAUGAAUUAUUUAAUGCAAAGUCAUUCACGUUUUCAGUACUGCCGCUCCAUUACGGCUUAGUUAACCUCCUUCCUGUAAGACUGACUGUUGUGCUCGGUAUAAAAUGGUUACAAUAAAUAUGGUGUAUUUCAUUUUUAUUCUAUUAAAGUAACUUAUGAGUUAUUAUGGAGUCAACACUUAUAUGUUCUGCUGAAAAAGGAAAGAAAAUAAUAAAACCUGUCAAUCUAUUGAUUGGAA